UUACUCUAUGGACGAAAAGCUAUUACACCUCUGGAUUUAGCAUUAAGUUCUACAAUUAAUACUGAGGAACCACCUUAUGAACAACAACUACAAGCUCAUAUUGAUUUUAUAACAAAUAAACUACAGCAA